AUGGCCGAGUAUACAUCAGACGAGCAUCCUACUGUCCCCGAUAUGGCAUCGCCUUCAGGUACAGAUAACGACUCCGACUACGCUGUUACAACCACUAACGAUCUUGCAGUCACUCCUCCAGUCGACAACAAAGUCGUCAUGCCCGACCCAUCCAACGAGUUUAUCCCAGCAGCCAAGGCCAACAAGCAAGGCGUCGCCGUCGCUUCAAAAGUCAACAGGCACUCCUACCGUCACGCUCUCCCUGUCGCUGAUGUUAUCGGACUGGCGAGGCGUCUCGGUCUUAUUGGCCCGGCCGAUCAGAACACCAUGAACACCGUCAAGAACAGCGAGGGAACUCAGACGGACGACACGCACGCAACAACACUUGAUGUAGCUCCGGACAGCGAGGCUAUUGGCAGUCAGCAGAACCAUGUCUCUAGCGCUCCUCAUCAUGAAUCCUCAACAGAAGACUCCGACAAAACAGCCCUCGUGAUCCGCUCUACCAACUCGUCGACCAACAUUGCGCCUAAGCUAGAAGAUGGGGCUAUCGCAAGCACCGAGCCCGUGCCGCAUAUCUACCCACCCCGUCGACCAAACAUCUUCAGCAAACGCGCGCCUCAGCGCAACGUUGGCUGGAGCCCAAAAGUGCUUGCCACGAUUACUCCCAACGCAGCUAAGGACGUCGACAACCAUGGAGAGGAUUUCGAUGACGAAGAUUUUCAGGAAUUCCAGUCGGCAAGAGAGCAGGAGAUGGGAAAGAAGACCGAGAAGUUCAUGCACAUGGCUAGCCAGUAUUCCUGGCAGCCGCGUGUGGUGGAGGAUUUGGGGGAGGCUUUUGAGAUCGAAGACUAG